CACCAUUAAAAUCAUUGGAUAUCGAAUGACCUUGUUUUUAAAGAAGCUCGCGCGCGAGAGUUGGAAACAUUUCAAUCAGGAUGGAUUUGCCUCAAGUAGCGGACAGUGAUGGUUCUUUAGACGAAGUGGACAAUAGUCAUAACGAAGCUCCUCAACAAGAACAAGGUAUCUCAGUCUCUGAAGAAGAGGUUAAGCAGCCCGAGUCCAUAAAUGGACAUGAAGUUGAUACUGGCGAGAAAAGACAACGUAAGAAGGUUCAAAGAUUAUCUGAAACGUGGAAUCGAGCCCAUGAGGCCAAGGAAGAGGAACGAAUCAAAGCAGUCCAAGCAGUCUCAGCAGCAUUUGAGGGGGCUACAGGGACGGCACUCGGUGAAAUCCCACUCAUUGAAGCUUCCAUACGAAAAGCAAAACCUGCUAGCCUCAAAUCGCUUCAUUUAAUAAUAUAUGGUAGACCUGGCUCUGCAAGCAAAAUACGUAGUAGUCUACGCAAAUUUCGAGGUUUUGGUUUCGAAAUGGGUUCUGAACAGUACGAAAAAAAAUCAACAUAUAUUCAACAACGCCCUGCUUGUGAUUUACGAGAAGUUCUCCGCAUCUUAAACCUAGAAGUUACAGGUACUCGAGAACAGUUGGCCUCUCGCUUAUUGGAAUUCCUACUCAAACCGACAGCUAAUUCUGUGAAAUGUAAAGGAAAGAUCGUUAAAAAAUAUAAAAAAAAUAAGUCUAAAGAUGGCACCUCUAAAAAAUUGAAAUCAAAACCAUCGAAAAAGAACACUGUCUCAAAUGAACCUAGCAUAGAUAAUUCAAGUCAACAGGAUAUUGAUGAACCGGAUGAUAUGUCAUCUGAAUCUGAGAACUCAGAAAGUGAUCUAUCAAGUGUAGCUGAAUCAAUCGAAAAAAAGCGGCCACCAAAGAAACGUGCUUUAAGUCAACAACAAAAGCAAAAACCUGGUAAACCUAGUGUUAAACGAGCUAAAAAGCAUGAGCUUAGUGAUACAGAAGAUGAAAAUGAUCAUAAACAUGUUCCGACUAAAAUGAAAAAAGAACUUGAUUCUGAUGAAGAAAAUGUUCCUCUGUCUAGUUUAACAUCCACAAAAGUAACUAUUCCUCCAACUGAUUCUGAAUUAAAGAAAAAUAUAAUUGAUUUACUUAAAACAGUUAAUUUAGAAGAGACAUCUCUUAAAGUUGUUCGAGAAAAGAUUUUCGCCAACUAUCCUAAUAUUGACUUGUCUGAUCGUAAAGAUUUCAUUAAUUCCACUGUUAAAGAGUUCUUGGCUCAUUCUUGAUUUAUUAUUGGUCGUCAAAGAUGUUAACUGUGAAUGUACGCAAAUGUUUUUGUUAAAUAGUAUUGAAUCACCCACACACAGACACACAUACAUAACCAUGAUCAUGGUGUUCAUUCACACAAAUCACUUAUUCUUUAAUAUUACUACCGGCAGCUGUAUUUUCUCAUCGUUGAUCUACAUCCAUACAUUUUGUUUUACCCUUCGAUUUUGAAAUUUUUAUAUUCCUCUUUGUUAACCUCAUUCUUCCAUACCCAUUUGGAUAUAUAUAUAACUAUUUGCUAACUAUUGUAAAUUUUGUUUUUCCCUUUCCCAUUGAAAUAACAUAGACAAACGAUGCAUUUCUCUACGCUUUUUUUAUUUGUAUGUUUUAUUUAUUCUCAAUAUAAGUAACACUAUUCGUUAUCACAUUAUCCAUCCUUCCUUAUUUGCGUAAAAGAAAUAUUACCAUUACCAUUACUAUUAUCGUUAUUCUCCGUAUUAUUAUUACUACUAUCAUCCUUGUUUAUAUUAUUGUGAGUGUAUGUGUACAUGUUUAUGUAUGAGCAUAGGAGCCUAUAAUGUGAAGAUUUGUUGAGUCAUUAAUCGAGAAAAAAAAGCACAGCAACUUUACAACUACACUAUAAUGUUGUACUUUACUUUUUAAAAUAAAAGAACUCACCACCAUAAUUAUUAUUAUUACUACUACUAAUACUACUAAUUAUGGUAUAUUAUUGUUUUUAAUAAACUCAUAUUAUAUAUGUACAGAUUUUUUUCUUCUAAAUAUGAUUGUUUAGUUUCG